CAUAGUUCCUCUGUAAGACAAAAUAAGAAUUUUAUUCUUUCUCAGGUUUUUGGAUGUCCUUUACAUCUCUGCUCAGCAGAUACUAAGAGUGAGGAUCUUGGUGAUGGACUCAAGUACAGACAGGAAGGCAGAGACAGUGUGUAUGAGACAUCUAACGAUACUGAUGCUAAUCCUCUUCUUCUCGCCGAUCUGGGGUGAGACGGUAAACAGCGAUAAUGGGAGGCCAUCCUGCAGUCGCUGUGACCUGCAUCUCUGCUGCAACUGCUCCUACAAUGGAUUCACCAGCAUUCCUGUGGUGACAGACCAAGCUCUGAUCCUCAAUCUCUCCUUCAACAACAUCAGCAUGGUGACCCAAGAUGACCUGACAGGACACGUCCGACUGAGGGUUCUGGAUCUCCACGGUAACAGAUUAGCUGCGAUCCAUCCAAUAGCGUUCGACUCUCUUUGGAGCCUAGAGGAGCUGGACCUCUCUGACAACCUUCUGACGGUUCUCAACCACCGAUGGUUCAGCAAGCUGGAGAUUUUGCUGCAGCUCAAUCUGCUUAACAACCCGUACAGCACGCUCGGUUCUCCACCAUUGUUUCUCGGACUCGUCAGACUGAGAAGGCUGAUGUUUGGAGGUCCAGAUCUUAAGGAGCUGAGGAAAGAAGAUCUUUCAGGAGUAACCAACCUCGAUGAGCUUACAGUGCACGGCAGCAACCUGGCCAGGUAUGACUCUGGUACCUUUGGGAACAUUUGGCCUCUGGGAAGUGUCACCCUAAGCCUCCGUGGUCCAUUUUCAACACAACCCAUGAUGGCUGCAGCUCUGCUUGAUGACGUGUGUAACCCUGAAACUCAGAUAACUCUGCUGGACAUUCAUUGGAAAUAUUCUUUCCCCAUUCAGCCUUUCAAAGAGUCAAUCAGGAGGAUCAGAAAUCUGUCUCUCCAUAACCUUUUGAUGUCUGAUGAAGCAACUGUCUCCCUAAUGGCACUGAUAGAUGGAGUCCCGCUGAGAUCCCUCUCCAUAGUGGGUUUAACUCUGACAGGCGAGGGCAGGUGGAUACAUGCUAAUUGGACAGAUCUAAGAAGCAUGGACGAGUUCUUCGUCAGUGAUGUCACAAUUUUGGAUGUUUUGAAGUUUGCCAUGACAGUACAGAUAAAGUUUCUUCUUCAACACCAGAAGAAGUUAUCCAUCAUAAACUCAAAGAUGUUCUUGUUAUCCUGUUACCUUACCAAACUGAUGGUGAACACACAAUACUUGGAUGUGUCCAACAACCUCCUGACGGACCUGACUCUGUCUUACAUGGUGUGUGACGACGUAGAAACACUCCAGAAGCUCCGAGUUUUAAACAUAAGUGGAAACCCUCUAAAGUCUUUGUCCGCAUUGAGCCAUCUGGCCACAAAGCUCACAAGACUAACCCACCUGGAGGUUAGCAGAACCGGCUACAGCUCCAUGCCCCCUAGCUGCUCCUGGCCGUCCACUCUGAGGUACCUCAACAUCUCCAGGGCUAAGCUAACCACCACCACCCCAUGUCUACCAAAAUCUCUGCAGGUGUUGGAUCUCAGCUAUAAUGAGCUCAAAGAAUUUGUGUUGGUGCUGCCAUUUCUGAGAGAACUCCACCUCUCUGGGAACAAGUUCCUGAGGUUACCACCAGGGGGGAGCUACCCCAAUCUGCAAACACUUACAAUACAGUCAAACACCUUGAACAUAUUUGGCCUCUCAGACCUUCAGUCAUACAGACGACUCGAGAACCUGGAGGCGGGUUAUAACAAGUUUGUCUGCUCCUGUGAAUUCGUCACCUUCCUACGAUCACAACUUGUGGGAAGUGGAGAUAUCAAAAUAAAAGACGGGAAGCAUAGCUAUGUUUGUGACUCCCCUCUCUACCUGCAGGGGAUGGCAGUGGGUCAAGUUAACCUUUCUAUUAUCCAGUGCCAGCCAGUGUUGUUCGUAUCUGUCAGCUGUGGGGUGGCCCUUUUUCUUGGGAUGCUGCUUUCUGUCCUUCUCUGGCGAUGCCACGCCUUCUGGUAUCUGAAGAUGACUUGGGCGUGGCUCAAGGCCAAGAGAGAAUCCCAACAACGCCGGCGACAAAAAAACAUGGAGGGAUCAGAACCAUUGUUGUCCUAUGAUGCAUUUGUUUCCUACAGUGAAAGAGAUGCUAGCUGGGUGGAAAACUUUCUGGUACCUGAGAUGGAGGAGCAAAGUGAUACAGACUCAGUGAAUCCAACAUCCCCAUUGACUCUCUGUCUCCACAAGCGGGACUUUCUUCCUGGACACUGGAUCAUGGACAACAUAAUGACCGCCAUUGAGCGCAGCCGUCGUGCUGUCUUUGUCCUCUCCGAGAACUUUGUCCAGUCUGACUGGUGCCGCUAUGAGCUGGACUUCUCCCACUUCUGGCUGUUUGAAGCCGGUGGAGAUGCUGCCAUCUUGAUCCUGCUGGAGCCCCUGUCCAAGGACGCCAUCCCCAAACGUUUCUGCAAACUCCGCAAACUCAUGAGCUCCACAACCUACCUGGAGUGGCCUCAGGAGGAGGACAGGAGGCCAGAGUUCUGGAGGAGUCUGCGCAAUGCUCUGAAAAGAGACGAUGAGCUGGAGAACUGACAGAUAAAUAACUGCAAAGAGAAGAGGAAGAACUUUUAUCUACCAUAAGAGAUAGUAGAUCUGAGUAAGACCAAGCCUGGUGGCAACUUGUGGGUUGGCACUGAUUUUAUAUCAUAACCACGUAUAAUAAAAUCAAUGCAGGUCAUAUUUGACCUCUAAUCCAGCAUAUAUUGUCACUUUUUGAAGUUAUUUUCAUUCAAUCAGUAGAUUUUUAUAAACGGAAACACUGCAAAGUUCUUAUCAAACUGAAAAUUACUGAGAUAAACUGUCUUAUUGCAUGCAGUUAUCUCCACCUGGGACAGCAGUUGAACCAUCCUAAAUAAGCUAAUAGAAAAUUGGUAUAUAUGUCACUGCAGACCACUUACCAGCAGCUCACACUGACGUUAUGGGUUGCAGUCCUGAGCUAGUUGCAGUUCGCUACAAACACCCACUUCCACUGCUCCUAGGGAAACACCGUCUGGCUUCGGAAAUUGUACUGGCAGGAACAGAAGUUGAUGUGGUCCUUUCUGUUGCUAUCCCUCAUAAAUGGUUAAAAAACAGCAAUGUUUUUUUAUAUUUUUAGGGCAAAACUCUGUGCACUUAAAAAUCCUAUUUCAUCUUCCAAAAGCCCCUGUUUCCUCAUGUUUCAGUGUUGCUGUUGUGUUUACACUGGUUAAACUAGCUAGUUGGUGCCAUGAUUUUAUUUUGAAACUCACCAGAACUUUAUCCUGUCCAGGGCUCGACGUUUCCUGUUUUGCUCAUGAAAUUCAGAAGCUUGAUCUAGGGACCGCUGUGUUGUACGGUUAAUCUUCCUUCUUGAGGACUUUUUUACUGUUUCUGCUUCCCCUCACAAAUACGACUGUCUUUGUGUUGGUGACAUAUAAUCCAAAUAAAACAUUCAAGCUUG